AUGACCUCGAGAACUUCCAUCCUCAAAUUCUUCUCACUACUAAUCUGUUCUCUUGCCAUCGCCAAAAUGGCAAUAGCUGGAGAUCCAGAUAUUCUUACCGACUUCAUGGCGCCUCCAAAUGGAACAGUAGAUGGAAACUUCUUCACAUACACCGGCAUGCGUGUUAUUCUGCAAGAUGAGCCAAAAAACUUCACAGUAUUGAAGGCAACAUCGGCUGAGUUCCCUGCUCUUAAUGGUCAAAGUGUUUCAUAUGCAGUACUUUUCUUCACACCCGGCACUAUCAAUCCGCCUCACACUCAUCCUCGCUCCGCUGAGCUCCUCUUCCUUGUUGGCGGUACCCUUGAAGUUGGCUUUGUCGACACAAAGAACAACCUCUUUACUCAGACUCUUCAGUCAGGAGACAUGUUUGUUUUUCCCAAGGGACUUGUGCACUUCCAAUACAAUGCUGACUCAGAAAACCCAGCUAUAGCAAUUUCUGCUUUUGGAAGUGCAAGCGCAGGAACUGUGUCAAUUCCCUCCACUUUGUUCGCUACCAACAUCGAUGACAAUAUCUUGGCUUUGUCCUUCAAGACUGAUGUAGCUACCGUUCAAAAGCUUAAGGCUAGUUUCGCUCCCAAGCCAUGA